AGAUGAAAUGCCAGAAACACAAGAUUAUUUCGACAAUUUUUGAUGCUAAGAUCAGAGUCAAAGAGAAGGCCAGAAACAUUAUAAUUAAAAGAAAUGUAAUUACUACAAAAUAAUAUAAUUAACAAAUUUAUAAUGGUAGAAGAAAUAUCAAAAUUAAGUAUUUAUUUCAUAAAAUUAGGAUUUGAGUUAAAACGAAUUAUUUAGAUACUUUAAGCUUAUGUAAAAGAACUUAUGCUAAAGAAUUUGUAGUGGAGAAAUAGAAAAGUAAAAUCAAUAUGUUAAAUACACAGAUUGAAUAAAAAGGGAAAAUGCUAACAAUUUAUUAAAUUAAUUGCCAAUGAAUAAAAAAUAAAUCGUCAAGCUUGUGUUGUUUUAUUUAAAAAUAACACCAAAAUCAGAAAAAAUCACUAAAAUAAAAGGAUUCGUAGCUUUGAAAAAGCUUUAAGGUAUUAUACUAGAUUCAGACAAUAAUAUUAGAGGUUUGGAGAACAACUUAAUGAUUUUUUUUUAAUGCUUUACAUCAGGUAUUCAAAGACAAUGAGUAUUUUUUAUUCAAAUUAUUAAUUAAUUAAAUAAUCAGGUAUCUCUUAAUAAUUAAAGUAAACGAAUCAAAUCAGAAAUAGAAAUAAAUAAUUUUUAUAUAUUUAUAUUUUCAUGAGUGAAGGUCAGAACAAUAAUUCUUAAGAGGAAUAAACUCAACGAGGAUUUAAACAUUGCGAAGCAUUUUGCAACAGAUUGAGACGAGACUAUCCUGAAUUAUACUAGUAUUAUGAAAUUUUAAAUUUAGAUAACUGGUUGGGCUCGUUAAAGACUACAAAUAGAAUAAAUAAAGUAUAUCCCAUUAUUACAGUGAGAUUAAGAAGCUCUUUUCAGAUUAGCCAACAGUUAUUGAAAAUGUCAAUAAAUUAUUUUAUCAUGAUGCUCGAAUCAAAUCAUAUGAUACCAUUCAAUAAUUAGAGUUUAUUUUUAAAUAAGACAAGCAAAAAAUCAAUCUCCUAGAGUAAACUAAGAAUUUGAUUCUCAAGGGAAACCUUGACCAACAAUAAUAAAUAGAUGUAAUUAUAGCUUUUAUAUCAUAUUCUAGUUAAUAUCAAUCUAAUUUAAAGAUGAUCUAGAGGCUCUCAAAGAAAUUUAAAAUAUAUUCAAACUCAAAAAAUAGAAAUAGAAAAUUCAAGUGGAUUGGGAUGAUAUCAAAAUCAAGAGAGUUAAGCCUAAUCCUCCUACGAUGGAAGAAAUAUAAUCCUAGUAAGCUUAUUAUAUACAACACUUUUAUAAUAAUGCUUAUUAGCUAUAAGCAAGUAGAGAGAUAAAAAAUGAAAUUAUUGUUUUAGAUAAACUAAGAUUGAAAUGCUUUAGUCAUUUUACAUAAGAAUCUGAUUUUAAUUAAGUUUUUGACGAAUUUGUAAAUGUCAUUCAUUUAUAUACAGAAUGUAUAAUCACCUAAUAUGAGCUAAUUGAUAUUCUGUCAUCAAAUUAGUGGAUUGAUUAGGAGAUUAUAGAUGAACUUAGAAUAGCUAUAUUCACUAGAGCGGCAGCUCGUAGACAACAGACUUAAUUAUUUAAACCGCUUAAAGAUACUGAUUUUAAAAAUGCUGAGCACAUUACUGGAUCAUAUGUGAGAAUGCAUCCUGGAUAUGCAAACAUUAUGAAAGAAGACCCUAAAUUGCCAAAUGUAUUAAACCAUCUCUGGGUAUCUGUGCCUUUUGGUAGUGAGGAUUAUUCAUUUUCAAUUAUGAGAAAAAACAGUUUUGAAGAACAACUGUUCAAAAUUGAAGAUGAAAUGUUCGAAUAUGAUGUCAAUAUUAAUUGUUAUAGAAGAACUAUUAAAGUAUACAAUGUUUUAAUAAAAUAGUUACUUGAUUAAUUGAAAACGGGAAAUAAUCAAUAAGCAAUCGAAUAGUAAAUUAGAAAAAUACUCCAAAUUAAGUGUUUAUAAUCAGUAUACAAAACUAAUAGUAAGGAUUAAGAAGAAGUUAUCACAUUGUGGUAAAAGAAUCCAAUAAAAUGUUCUCACAUCUUAAGAGAUAGAUUGUACUAAAAAUGUCAAGAGUUGAUUUAAUCCAGGGUAAUCGCAAAUCAAACUUGGAAAAUCACAUAAAAAAACAAUUUUUCUAGAUCUUUAGAUCAUCGAUCAUUCUACUUUAAAAAAAAUGAAAAACAAUAUACUUGUGUUUAAAGAUUUUUAAAAGAACCUGACGAAAAGUACAUUUUAAUACAGGCAAAUAAUGUUAUCUAAACACAAUAUUUGAAUUCUUUAAUCUAAUUAACUACCAUUAAACCUCUAAGCCAUGAAAAAAAUAUUAAUAUUAAUGAUAUCGAUCAAAGCACUGUCUUUAGCUUGUAUAUUUCAAAUUAGACUCUUUUGGAAGAAACUUUUGAAAUCUUCAAAUUUUAUAUAGAACAAUCUAACUUAAAUGAAUCAGAAUGGAUUCUUGAUUUUUUCUAAAAAUUAUAUUAAGGUUAUUUUAAUCUUGAAUUAGUUGAUUAGAAAUAUAAUUUUUCUCUUUUAAGAGCAGAAUUGUCGGUUAUUGAAUAAUAUGUUACAAAUUCAUCAUUAUCUUACAUUGAUUAGUUUAAUAUUGAAUAAGAAUAAAUCAAAAAAUCUUAUAUGAAUAAUAAUUAUUCAAAUAGUAACAACAGAAAGGAUUCAGAUGACUUUGAAGAAUCUGAUUAUGAAUUAUAAAGAAUCAAAAUUCUUAAAUCACCUCUUAUUAAUGAAUAGGAUGUGUUCCCAAGAAAUUAAUUAUAACUUUCAUCCAAUGUUUAGAAUAAGCAUAAGCCACAUGGUAAAAUCAUUUAUGGCACAUCUGGAAUAUAUUUAUUUAUUCGAUAUUUCUAUUCUUUGUAUCAAAGAAUUGAAUUGGCACAUUAAAUUAGUUAAAAUUUUGAUUAAAAUGAAAAAUUUGAAAGUAUGAUUUUAAUAAGACUUUAGAAUUGAAUGAGAAAGAAAAGAAAAGGAUUGUAGAUAUUAGAUAUAUGUUAUUUAAGCAUGCUCUUUUCUACCAAAUUAAAAAUAAAGAUUUCAAAUAUCAAGACUACUUAAGUUUGCUAUUUGGAAAGCAAGUGAGUGUUUAUAAUUUCUUUUUUUUAGGCUUUUCUAUUCUACACAAUUGAUAAAAUACUUUCAGAUUGCUGUAAACACUUAGCCAGUUUACUGAAUGAUAAAUUGACAGAUUCUUUUUUUGAUUUCUUGUUCACUUUAAAAAAUAAUAAAUACGAAUUAGAUCCAACAAAAACUGAAGAAGUGCAAUUAAGCAAUUUGUCUUUUGCUCUCUUAGAUUUACAAUGGGAAAAUUCACAAAGAGUGUUAUUUAGAGUAAGAUGAAUAUUAUAUAUAGUUUUGUUUAUAAGCUGAUAGCUUGCAUAUUAAUUAUUUACCUAAUUGGUCAGUAAUAUAAGAUAAAUAAAAAUUAAAUCGUAUUUCAUAAUUUGUUAAAUCUUACACAACAACCUUUUCAAAUAAAAUUAAAGGUGUAUUUUUACAAAGGAACUUAAGAGAAACAAGGGCAAACACUCAAAAUUAAAUGGAAUGGACAGUGUUUGAUUCGAUGAGAAUAAACAAUAAUUUUUCAGAUAUUUUAAUUAAAUGAUU